CUCUCGCGAGAGCUCCCCGGGCCGGCCGCGAGAAGUAGGGCUCAGGUGUAAGAGGAGUGCAUCCCGUCCGCGCGCGGGGCUAGAGCUCUUGGAGAAGUGGGAUCGCGAGGCCGGCGCGCGGCGCUCUGCGCGGUCAAAGCGAGCGCCGGGCGGCAGCGGCGGCAGCAGGAGCGCAGCAGCCCCCCAGCGCAGCCGCCGCCUCCGCGCUGCCAGCCGCCGCGGCUGCAGCCUCGGAAGGGAGGCCGGGGGAGCCGGCGUGCGCACUUUCCCGCGGACUUUCGGAGUGUUUGUGGAUUUACAUGCCAAGCCAUCAAGAUGAUGUCCAUGAACAGCAAGCAGCCUCACUUUGCCAUGCAUCCCACCCUCCCUGAGCACAAGUACCCGUCGCUGCACUCCAGCACCGAAGCUAUCCGGCGGGCCUGCCUGCCCACGCCGCCGCUGCAGAGCAACCUCUUCGCCAGCCUAGACGAAACGCUGCUGGCGCGGGCCGAAGCGCUGGCGGCCGUGGACAUCGCGGUGUCCCAGGGCAAGAGCCACCCGUUCAAGCCGGACGCCACGUACCACACGAUGAACAGCGUGCCCUGCACGUCCACGUCCACCGUGCCGCUGGCGCACCACCACCACCACCACCACCACCACCAGGCGCUCGAGCCGGGCGACCUGCUGGACCACAUCUCGUCGCCCUCGCUCGCGCUCAUGGCCGGCGCGGGCGGCGCGGGCGCGGCGGGCGGCGGCGGCGGCGCCCAUGACGUCUGCGACUCGGACACGGACCCGCGCGAGCUCGAGGCGUUCGCGGAGCGCUUCAAGCAGCGGCGCAUCAAGCUGGGCGUGACGCAGGCCGACGUGGGCUCGGCGCUGGCCAACCUCAAGAUCCCGGGCGUGGGCUCGCUCAGCCAGAGCACCAUCUGCAGGUUCGAGUCGCUCACGCUCUCGCACAACAACAUGAUCGCGCUCAAGCCCAUCCUGCAGGCGUGGCUCGAGGAGGCCGAGGGCGCGCAGCGCGAGAAAAUGAACAAGCCCGAGCUCUUCAACGGCGGCGAGAAGAAGCGCAAGCGGACUUCCAUCGCCGCGCCCGAGAAGCGCUCCCUCGAGGCCUACUUCGCGGUACAGCCUCGGCCCUCGUCCGAGAAGAUCGCCGCCAUCGCCGAGAAACUGGACCUCAAAAAGAACGUGGUGCGGGUGUGGUUUUGCAACCAGAGACAGAAGCAGAAGCGGAUGAAAUUCUCCGCCACUUACUGAGGGGGGUAGGAGGUGCCGGUGGGACCGAGCGGGGAGCUGAACGGGGCACUGGAGAGGGCUCUUCCCGGGCCUGCUCCCCACCAUCCCGUUUGGAGUGUCGGUUAACCUGCUUGCAUUUGGAGCGUCCCUCCUCCUGCGCUCUCUUCUGCCCCCUUUCUGUUCUCCCUGCCUUCACCCUCCCCCGGCCUAGAGGACUGGGGUAUUGGGUGUGGACACCGGAGAGGACGGCGGGGAGAAGAGGGAGCGUUUUGGGGAGCGGGGCGUGGGGGGAAGGAAAGCGGAGACUAGAGGGUUUUGAGAAGCAGGAUGGUUCUGGGGUUAGGGUGGGGGGGGAGACUCGGGAAGGGUAGGGAAAUGGACUGUUUUGGACCAGAGACACCCAUCAAAAUCUCCUGGGGACCAAGGAACUAUGUACAAAAACAAACCUACCAACCACCAAAAACUAGGCAAAUGAGAACAAACUAAAACAGAACAAAAGCAAAUAAAAUAUGCGUUAGAAAUUUAACUCCAGGGAGCCGUAUUCUGCAGCUUCAUUUCCCCCUAACAAAGAGAAAAAAAAGAGCACCAUCAUUAUUUACUACUGACCCCCCCACCCCCACUCACACACACACACACACACACACACACACACACACACACACACGGAGUCAAAAACCAAACCGAAGGAUGAAAUUCUGGGUAGCAAAGCUAGUUGUUCUGUGUGUUUUUAAUUUAAAUGUUCCCUCUAAAUCUCACUUCCACCCCAUCCACGUCCUCUUUAAUUUCUGCUUUUCAGUGAGACUCCGAUGGCUGCUCUUCAUUGCCAGAAAGAGAGUCGGGGGACAGUUGAGGGUGGGGGGGGGCGUGACUGCCUGUUUAGGUGGAGUCUAACUUUUCCAGUGACCUGGCCUAUUCUGCUGUGGCGUGGGCCCCGUUGGGAGGGGGUGUUUAAGGAGAGGGAAGUAGUCUUUGAGCUGAUUAAAAGGCAGAACUUAGGAGCUCCGACAUAUUUUAUUCUAGGAAAAUAAAAGUUUUAACAAGGUUUUUCUCUUUUCAUUUUUGCUCUUAUAUCUGAGAUCUAGAAACAGACUAUUUCAAAAUCAGCUCUCUCCCCCCACACACACUCAUAGAACUUGCUUGCCCUUUAAUUUUUGAGUGUGGUUUAUUUUAAGCUACCUACUGAAUUUUAUUUCCUAUUGAUUCAAAUAGACUGAUGGGGUGGAAGACACUAGGAGAAAUACUCUGUCUCCUUUUCUCCACAGAACAAAAUCCAUCUAGCUCAUCUAGGUCCCCUUUCCUUCUCUCUUGGAGAACAUGAAAUCAUUGAAAUAUUGAGAAGUUUCUGCUUUCAGUUGGAGCAGGACUUGGCUACGAGAAAAAUCAACUAAAUCCCAAAUGAGAGGAAGGCAGGUUUAAAGUUCUCCAUUUGUUUCAAAAGGGUCUGCAUGUUUGGGGGGUAGGGGAAGCAGAACAACUGUGUUUCAUUAUUAUUAUUAUUAUUAUUAUUAUUAUUAUUAUUAUUAAGUAAUUUAUUGAUGGGGAUAAAUGUUGGGUAGCAAGAACUUUAAUUUGCACUAUCAGUCUCCCAAAUAGAAAAUCAUGUAUAGUAUUUCAUAGUAAUAAUCAAGAAACUUGAUUGCUGAUGGAUUAAAAAAUGAGAAAGACAGUUGAAGGUGGUUAGGUAAAAUGCCUGCUUGGUGCACAAGAUACUCUUUUGAUCUCAUGUGUGGGGAUGGCUUAUUACCAUCCUUUAAUAAGAACUAAAAAAUUGAAAACAAAAGAAAUGAGAAAAAAAAACAACCCUGCCAUUUAACAAGACUGAAAUCAUGCAUGACCUAAAAGGUACAGAAAGAAACACAAUUAGGUCUCACUCUGGUUAGGCAUUAUUUAUUUAAUUAUGUUGUAUAUCAUUGUUUGCAGCGCAAACAUUCUAUGCAUUUGAAACUGAGCACUAAACUGGGCUAGCUUACUGAUAGACCGUUUUGUGGAUAGAGUGAUUUCACAGUCUACUGCCUGUUUUCACUGAAAACACAACAUUCUUGUCAUAUUCUUGUAUUUAGAGGAAAAGUAAAAAGGGAAGAUUAUUGUAAAUAUUUUCUUUAAUACAAACACACACAGUGGUUACAAACUGCCAGUGUUAAUCCUGAAAUGUCUCAUGGAUUUAUCUACCUGUCCAUGUAUGUUUGCUGAGCUUUCUCAUUGGUUAUGUCUUUGCUCUAUUGCCUUUUCCCCUCCCCACUUCUAUCAGAAUCAUUUCUGUGCGCCAAAAUACAACAGGGGGAUGUGUCCCGGUACACUUACAAAUAAAACAUAACUGAAAGAAGAGCAGUUUUAUGAUUUGGGUGCAUUUUUGUGUCUAUACUGGGCCAAGUCCUGGUAGAGCGGGUCAGCAAAUGAGACUCAAUUCAACCAAAAAUAUAGGGGAGGAUGUUGAAAGGGGGAUGAAAAGAGGAGAAAGGGUGAGAAUGAUGUAUUUUUCUGCUGAAUCAGAAUUCACUUUCAGACAACUCAUGAGGGAAGUGGUGCUCUGAAUAAAAUGAAUUCUAUAUUAGUUGCCUGUGUUUAUCAAAGUUGUUUUUUUUUUUUUGGUAGAAACUCUUAAACCACAGCUCUCACUUCAGAGUGGUAGAAGCUGAUAACCAGGCACCCCCAAAAUAUUUAAAUUGAGGUUCAGGGACAGAGGCAUUUGGAGAGUUAUAGGUGGUGUUCUAGCCUAAAAAUGUUUCUUUAAAAAUGUAACUAAAUUACUUUUCUUUGGAGGUUAAUAAAUGUAAAAAAGCAUCCCUUAAUCUGUCUUGCCACCAUGUCAAAUGCCUCUGUUCAUUUUGAACAUUUAGUGUGCCACCUACUGCUCCAGAGGGACCAGAGAUUCUUUAUUUUUUGGUUAUUUGGGACUAGAUCAGAUGCCAAAUGUACAAAGUUUCUUAAUUAGCUGGGAUUAUAUCUUCUGAAGUCAUCCUACUUUAGCCAAAUCUUUUUAAUUUCACCGGCAAAUCUGUGAAACAAAACACUUGAUGUUCAACAAAGAAUAGUACCUUUAAAAAGCUGUGAUUUUAAACAGUUGUUAAUGUUUAAAAAAAAAGCACUUAGAGGUAUUUUUAAAAA